AUGGGUAAAAAGAGACGUGGACCGACGCUGGAUGAGCUUCUGGCUCGUCCAUGGUGCUACUACUGUGAGCGCGACUUUGAUGAUUUGAAGAUUCUCAUAUCUCACCAGAAGGCCAAGCACUUCAAGUGCGAGCGCUGCGGGCGCCGGCUGAACACUGCAGGAGGGUUAUCGGUGCACAUGAGUCAGGUCCACAAGGAACAACUUUCGGCAGUCGACAAUGCUCUUCCCAACCGAUCCAGCCUCGACGUCGAGAUCUUCGGCAUGGAGGGCGUCCCGGAAGACAUCAUCCAGUCGCACAACCAGCGCGUAGCCACCCAGUUCCAACAGGCAGAGGCCGAACGGCAGGCCGUGACGGGCAAUCCGCCUCCGGGAACCGGCGUUGGCGGACAGCCAGCGAAGAAGCCCAAGCUGGAGAGCGUGUCGGAUCUGAAGAAGCGACUGGCGGAGCACAAGGCUAAGAAGGCGGAAGCACGUACUGGAGGCAGUAGUGGUGAAGCUACUCCAGUGGGCGCAGGACAGACCCCGACUAUGGGCGGAUUCGGCCAGCCUGCUCCUGCUGCUGCUGCUGCUGCUCCCGCCGCUGCACCCACCACUACCUCACAGUUCUCUUACCCUCAACCCUACGGCACUGCCUCUCCUUAUCCUCAAACCGCCAGUCCUGUCUAUCCCAAUUUCUCCCCGGGACAGCCCCAAUUCCCCCCAACCGCACAAUACCCUCCGGCGGGAUAUUCACCACAGCCGUUCCAGGGUACGCCGGCGGCACCGUUUGGAACCACUCCCCCAGCAUUCCCCGCACAAACUCCCGCAACCCACACCCCUCCGCAGACGGCCGGGGCAUUCCCGCCCCGGUCGGGCAGUCUGCCUAUGCCUCCAGGUUUGCCGCAGCGACCGGCUGUGGCAGCGCCACCGGUCAACGCGUAUCAGAUGCAGCAAAUGCACAUGGGCCAAGCGCCGGCCUUGAACGGAGGCGAGACGACACAAGCGCCUGAUACAAUCUCGACAUCGGUGGACGAUCUCAUCUCGGGGGCCGCGAAGCAGGCGGAGACCACAGCAGACAAGCCCAAGAGCGAGGAGAAGCCCAAGAAGGACAAGUCGAAGGCAGUACGACUGGUUUACUCGGAUAAUGAGACGAGUCCAGAAGAGAAGAUGGCACAGCUGGCAAGGUACGCAUUUGUUCCCGAACAGAAGGGCGAGACGGUUUUGGAGGAGGUACCGGCGUCGGUGGUGACGGGCACGACGCGCGAGAUGGAUACGGUGGAGGAUGCAGCGGAUCGGUAG